AUGUUGUCAAUGUGGACCCACAACACACAUCCCGCAACAACAACAACAACAACAACAACAGUUCCAUCGACCACUACACCUACACCCACUACUACAAUCUUAACUUCGACAGCUCCAUCUACAACAAAAACAACAACUCUGCCUUCCACCACUACUACAACUCCAACCUCUACUCCUACAUCAACCUCAACAGGAGUAUCAACUACCCAGUGCAGUGGUGAAGAAAGUUGCGUGUGGUCAGACUGGAUCAACCUUGGUGGGCCAACCUCUGGCUCUGAAGGUGGAGAUAAUGAAUCCAUUAAGAACAUCAUUGCCAGCGGUUAUCACAUUUGCUCAGCUCCAGAGGCAGUUGAAUGUAGAGCAAAACAAUACCCUGGACUGCAGAUCUCUCAGCUUGGCCAAGACGUGACUUGCAAUCCAUCCGUUGGACUGAUUUGUAAAAACAAUAAGCAAGGUCUUCAGCAAAAGUGCUUCGAUUAUGAGAUACGAGUGAAAUGUUGUCAAUGUCCUCCCACAACACACAUCCCGACAACAACAACAACAACAACAACAACAGUUCCUUCGACCACCACUCCUACACCCACUACUACAAUCUUAACUUCGACAGCUCCAUCUACAACAAAAACAACAACUCUGCCUUCCACCACUACUACAACUCCAACCUCUACUCCUACAUCAACCUCAACAGGAGUAUCAACUACCCAGUGCAGUGGUGAAGAAAGUUGCGUGUGGUCAGACUGGAUCAACCUUGGUGGGCCAACGUCUGGCUCUGAAGGUGGAGAUAAUGAAUCCAUUAAGAACAUCAUUGCCAGUGGUUAUCACAUUUGCUCAGCUCCAGAGGCAGUUGAAUGUAGAGCAAAACAAUACCCUGGACUGCAGAUCUCUCAGCUUGGCCAAGACGUGACUUGCAAUCCAUCCGUUGGACUGAUUUGUGACAACAAUAAGCAAGGUCUUCAGCAAAAGUGCUUUGAUUAUGAGAUACGAGUGAAAUGUUGUCAAUGUGGUCCCACAACACACAUCCCGACAACAACAACAACAACAACAACAACAGUUCCUUCGACCACCACUCCUACACCCACUACUACAAUCUUAACUUCGACAGCUCCAUCUACAACAAAAACAACAACUCUGCCUUCCACCACUACUACAACUCCAACCUCUACUCCUACAUCAACCUCAAAAGGAGAAUCAACUGCCCAGUGCAGUGGUGAAGAAAGUUGUGUGUGGUCAGACUGGAUCAACCUUGGUGGGCCAACCUCUGGCUCUGAAGGUGGAGAUAAUGAAUCCAUUAAGAACAUCAUUGCCAGCGUGGUUAUCACAUUUGCUCAGCUCCAGAGGCAGUUGAAUGUAGAGCAAAACAAUACCCUGGACUGCAGAUCUCUCAGCUUGGCCAAGACGUGACUUGCAAUCCAUCCGUUGGACUGAUUUGU